AUGAGUGAAAACAAAGUGCGACAAAAUUUUAUUCAGAAAAGAAAUCAAAUCUAUGAAAACACCGGGCAUUAACAAAAAAUGGCGGAUGAUGAGAAAUCCCAAAGAAAUUCGACCGACAAAGUAAAGGAGGAAGACGAAACGAGUAGCUUGGAUACAGUGAAGAAAGCAGAGCCGUCUGAAAAACAUAUCUAUUGUCAGAUCAUUGGAAGGCAUAAGCGAGGAAAUUCUAGAAAAGGUGCAUGA